AUGACUUCAGACGAGGAAUCUUUCUCUGAAUUAUCUUCCAUGUCGAGCCCUUUACUGACUCACACCGUCUCCCCAGCCUCUUCAGUCUCCUCGUCGGCUACUCCAGAAGUUGACCUAAAUUUGAAACAAAUAUUAGACUCCUGGUCACUAGCUGUUGCAUGUCUGGUGGUUUCCAACAGCCUCCGCCCCGAUAAAAGUGAGCUCGACUGCAUGUUAGAAGCGCGUUUACUAGUGUGCAAGCUCUCAUUAAUCAAGGAAACACAUGCCAGUGGCCCAGAUCAAAUCAAAGAAGCCAAGUCCGGACAACCAGUGGAGAUCACCUCCAGCGCUAUGGGAGUCGAUUCCGACCUUGCUGUUGAAGCUAUCGAUCUUGCGGCUAAAGUCACAUCCCGCGCCUCAAUUUGUGCUAACAACAUGCAUACAUCAGAUCUCAAUAUGGAAGACAUUGAAAGAGGCUUAGGGAUAGACGGGGCUUAA